AGGCAGCUAGACCUCGAAUCAGUCGUCCAGCAACUGUGAAGCCAACAGCAAGUGUUUUCUUAAAACUCUUCAGUUUUUUUCGUUGGCUAAACUGAAAAAUUCGUUGUUUCCUUUGCUCGAAUAACGAAGCCUAUUAGCUCAGGAUAUUUCAUAGUCCCAUUUUAAAAAAUUUGCAAAGAAACUUUUCAUUUCACCAUUUUCUUAAAAGAAAAGGAUUUGAAAGUUUCAUUGGCACCCGAAAAAUCUUUCUUGGAAGAUCCUCGUCGAUCUGUGUCUCAAUUCCUCGUCGUCAAUCACCUUGAGUGUACGCCAUCUUGUUUUGUUUUUUUUUCGUUGUAUUUUUCUAAAUGUGGGAGAGGCUUUGAUGGAAUAUCGUUAACCAAAAACUCUUAACCACCAACAAAACUGGAAACGGAAUUAUUAGCGUAGUAAAAAAAAAAAAAGAGAACCAGAACUCAAACGAAACAAAUUAAAAGAUGCCUUGUUCGGCUUAUACUCUCUCGUUGGCUACGAUCGCCGCCGUGAUCUCAGUGGCGUUGAUCGCCAUCGCCUUCUCCACGGAUAAUUGGAGUCGGAUUACUAUUGAUCGUCUAAAACUCGAGCCUCAGGUGACACGAGGCGAUUUGGCGUUGCAAGGUGAACUGGAGAGCAACAUUCUAUAUUUUUCCAGAACCAAAGGACUCUUCCGUAUUUGCUUUGACGACAAGAAAAUCCCUAAAGGAGUGGAAACCUAUCGUUCGCCGGUCGAGACCAUCUGCACCAACAUCGACUAUUACAUUCCCGACAAUAAGGGCGACACUAAAUCUUUUAGCGAAGAUGCCAUGGCCCGACUUCAUAUGGGACGAGCUAUGAUUGCUCUCUUCAUCGUGUCCUUCUUCUUUGACUUUGUGGCCUUUUGGACGGGAGUUGUCGGCUGUUGGCGCCGCGGCGCCGGUAACAUAACCAGCACUGCUAUCCUCAUGCUCCUCGCCUGUCUGUUUAGCGCUGGCGGCAUGGGUCUGUGGCACGGAGUUGAAUUUUACGAAAACGAGAAACUUGUUGGUGAGCGCGAGUUCCUCCGCCCCAAGGUCUUGAAAGAUGCUUCCAAAAUCGAUUACGACUGGUCGUACAUGAUUGCCUGGAUUGGAGUGGGUUUCGCUCUCAUCUCGUCCAUCCUUUUCUCCUGCGCCGCUAUUUGCCUGCGCCGUGAACGCGAAAAGGAAGAGGCCGUCAAUAUGCAAUACCUCAUGCCUGUUUAUCCUCAAAAACAGCAGUAUGCUUAUGGCUACGCUUAUCCAGGACCUUACGCCUACGGAUCGCAGUACGGACCGUACAAUUACUAAAAGAAAAAGAAAAGAAAGUAAAACACGAUACAAACAAAAGGAUCGUUUUUAAUGACUCGACGGCCUUCUCUCUAUGCAGUUUUCCGUUUUUUUACAUUUUUCAUGUUCCAACAAGCGAAUCGACAGUAUGUUUUAAAUCCGGACGAUGCGCUCUCUUGCAGAUUUUGUUUUCCAUGCUCGAUUGUUUUUUUGUUUGUUUUUUUAACCAGAUUUGUCGUCAUAAUAAGCAACAACAAAAAUACAUUUUCUGUAGUUUAAAGAUUGGGUCUUACAGGCCACAAUCCAUUGUGCCGAUGUGUAAAUAAAGAAUCCAUUCUCCAGCAGUUCCCUCAGAAAAAAACAAAUUUGCUCCUCCUGUGGCCCUGUACUGCUUCUUUUUUGUUUGUUUGUUUAUUCAUAUACGGCCCAGAAUUAAAAAAAAAAAAAAAGGAAAAAAAAAAACCUUUUUCACCAUAUUUGAUAGGAAAAGGAGUAAAGUAAUGUAAUACGCUGAUGCACGGUGGAGAAUUUUUCAUACUUUUUUACCCAUUCUCGACAAAUACAUUCCCCUCCCCGAUACAUUGAUGUGUGUUUUUUAUGUACUUUGAUUUCCUUGAAACGAAAUAAACGGCUUUGUGUACUGCCA